GCGCUUUGAGGUUUGCGCAUGCGCGGACUGGUGGGUUCCUGGUUGUUUGUGUGUCCCAGCUGUCAGGUCGAGCUCCAGUCUCCCACGGUUAAAGUUAUAGUUAUGUAAGUGUUUUACUUAAAAGAGGCCAAAGUUGAAUGAACUUAUUAACAUUAAUUAGAAACACUGAGGAGGUUUUUUCUCUCUCUUUAGGUUUGAGGACUCUAAAGUUAAAGAAGUGAGGUGAAGUUAUGUAAGACGGUUUCAGAGUUCACAGAGAUCAGACAGGUGCUGCUGAGCAAAGGUCACCGAACAGGUAAGAGCUUCACUCUCAAUAUCAACUCUAAACUCUAAACUAAUAUGUUUGAGUUUGAUAUGACAAUUCUGUUUACUCUUCAUGAAAGUCUGAAGUUAAAUCCGGGAGUUUAGGUGUUAAAGAAGUUCACCUCCGACCUCCUCAGGGUUUUUAACUGAGUUUAAAUUCAGAUUGAUGUUCAGAGACUCUCAGUUUUCAACGUGUUUUAGUUCGUGUAGAAAAUGUUAAAAUUAAGUAUGGGAUCAAAGAAAGUGUUCAAAACUGCGGUGGCCGAGAAACGCCACUGCUGCAAAUAAAAAAGAAUGAAAAAAAAAAAAAAAAAAGGAAACUAAAGUCCACUGCAAAUAAAAACAGAAACAGCGCAGAUUUUAAAAAGCCACAUCAGAAGUUAACGCAAAAAAGAAAAAAGAGUUUCUGCGAAAAUAAAAGGAUGCAAAUAAAAGAAGUCACAACAGAAGUGGGCUGCAGGGGACCAAUAAUGAUGAUGCACCGGUGUUUUACGAUCUAGACGCAGAAGAUGACGGUGAGAGGACGAGCAAAGAAGUGUAAAGGUUAUUGUUUAAUUUCACUUCAUAAACUUUUUAAUGUGUCAUGUGGUUAGACUGUGUAGCUCCUGAGUCCAUAUAAAGUUAAACUGAAGUGAAAUUAAUCAAUAACCUUUCCACUUCUUUGUUCGUCUUCUCUGUCUAGAUCGUCAAACACCGGUGCAUCAUCAUUAUUGGUCCCUGACAGCUCACUUCUGUUGUGACUUUUUUAAUUUGCAUAUUUUUGUUUUAACAGUAAGUAACUUUUUUUUCUCUCUUUUUUGCAUCGCCACUUCUUUUUGCGUUGUUAACUUCCGUUGUGGCUUUUUUUUUAAAUCUGCACCGUGUUUGUUUUUAUUUGCAGCAGGCUUCAAGUUUUUUUUUUUUUUUAUUUGCAGCAGUGGCGUUUCUCGGCCACCGUAGUUUUAACACUUCCUUUCCCAUACUUAAUUUUAACAUUUUCUACCCAAACUAAAACCCGUUGUAAACAUUCGAAAAAAAUGAGUCUGAGCAUUAAACUGAAUCCAAAACCUGCGGAGGUCACUUCUGUAGUUUUUUUUUUUUCUUAUUUGCAUCCUUUUAUUUCACAACAAGUUGGUUUACUUUUUGCAUCAUUAACUACUGUUGUGACUUUUUAAAAAUCUGCACCUUUUCUUUUUUUUAUUUGCAGCAGGCUUCAGUUUCUCUUUUUGUUGCAUCGGUAACUUCCGUUGUGACUUUUUUUUUUUGCAUUCUUUUUAAUCUUCAGCAGUGGCAGUUCUCGGCCACCGUAAAAAGCAUUAAUGUGACUUAAACUCACCUGCGUGUCUCUGUACCCACCUGGUCUCCAAUGACGUGUUUCUGUGUUUCAGCUCUGCAGUCAUGGCGAACCCUCUGAGGGCUGAAGUCAUCCGACUCUAUAAGAACGUGAGUGUGUGUGUAAGAGUGUGUGUGUUUGUGAAAGUGUGUGUGAAGCAGCAGUGAUUCUGAGUUCCUCUCAGUGUGAAAUAAUCACAGGUGUUCAGAGGGUUACCUGACCUGAAUGUCCUGAUCACUUCUUCAAUCAUUUGUCAAACAGAUUUUCUCUUUAACUUUAAUUUACAGUGUUUCUGGUUUUUGCUCGGCUGGUCAAAUUUAAUUCAUCUGAAUUACUUUAAGAAUAAAUUGACUUUAAGGAAAAUGUUUCCCAUUUAUUAUAUUUUCCUCAAACACGUGAAACAGCAGCAGGAAUAUCCAGAUCAGAUCUGUCCCCUCUGUCCCCUCCGCAGCUCCUCUACCUCGGCCGAGAGUAUCCUAAAGGUGGCGAUUACUUCAGGGACCGUCUGAGAGCUGCGUUCACCAAAAACAAGUCCGAGCAGGACCCGCAGAAAAUCAAGGAGAUGAUCGCUCGAGGGGAGUUUGUGUCCCGAGAGCUCGAGGCGCUUUACUACCUGAGGAAGUACAGAGCCAUGAAGAAACGUUACUACGAGGAGUGAGCGCUGCAGCAGAGACUCUGAGGGACUGAAACACGUCCACUUUAUCAAAGACAUCCUGCUGAAACACGAGACAAACAUGAGAGGAAGACGUCUUUAAUCAAGAUGAUCAGCAGACUGGAAAUCCUCCUCGACAUAAAAGCAGAAAAAAACCAACAUCUUUAAAAAGUUUUAUUUCUGAAUUCAGUUCUGAGGCAAACAUUAAAUAAAAAUAUAAAAACGCUCAAA